AUGGCGCCGAAGAAGUUGCGCAUUCGUGGUGAAGCGCAAGUCCCUGAUGAGAGGAGGGAGCCUACUAGCCACGAGGCGAAAGCCCUCAUCAUCCCGAACGAAAAAGACAAUUGGACAUAUGACAAGGGGGUUCGCCAGCUGUCGAGCAUGAUUGGAGCUCUUAUUACGCAAUAUUGGCCGGGCUUUUACACUCCGGUCCCCGGCGGCGAGAAGAAGCUAGCCGAGACUUGGGCGGACUAUGAGGCAGCUCCUUGCCCGGGCUUUGGGACAGCUUCUGACGCCGUGUACACCAAGUUUUGGACCCAUUAUAAGGUGCCUGAUGAUAUGGUUGAGCAAGGGAAGGUGGUACUGACUAGGGCUUGUCAGAGGUUGACAAGGCAACAGUGGUACAAUCAGAAGCAUACCUGCAUCGGGCACUUCAAGGCUGAGCAGGGCAUGAGGGUCAAGAAAGCUGACAAUAUCAGGGACGAUCCUCAGCUGACGAAGGAAGAUUACUUGAGGGUUAUGCCCCUAUGGUGCGAGAAUAAGGAAGACGCAUUUGAGGCCUUGGUAGCGAGGUGGGUUGGCGAAGACGCCGACUUCAACGCCAAGAGUGUACGCAACAAGGCAAACCGUGGCACCGGAGGAACACAUAGUGCAGGAAGCCGCAGCACUGAGCGCUACAGGAAGCACAAGGAGGCGGAACUCGGGGAGCCUCUCACCGAGGUGGGAGGGUGGCAGAAGAUGAAGCUGAAGCAGCCUGAUCUGAGCCAGCCUCAGCCCUCGCUGCCCGAGUACUUCGGCUAUGCCGAAGAGGAGUUGGAGAUGUACUGCUCGGCGUUCAAGGGUCUUCAUCCGGAGGUGGAUGAUCCUAUUGAGCAGGAGACCGACUUGACGGCGAUUAUGGUGGCGGGGCGCGGCGCGGAGCAUGGCCGUACGAAGCUUCUUAGUGGGGUGAUCAAGCCGCAGAGGACCCUCAUGCAGAUCAGGUCUACCCUCACCGCCGGCGACCCACCGAUCGCGCCUCCUCGACACCGUCGUACCGAUGCUAACUUUGAGGCCGCCUACGCUGCCACUUAUGAGAAGUAUUUGACGGUUGUAGCAGAGUGGGACCUCAAGAGAGCGGCUUGGGAAGAGUACCAGGAGGCGACGAGUCGUGCGCUCAGGACAUUCUUCCAGACUGGAGAGAGGAUCGCACUUCCGGAAGAGGAGCCACCUAGGCCGGGGCCGACUCCAGUGUGCCCAUCGAGGGAAGCUUUCGCGGCCACAUACUAUGCACGGACUCCGGGCACGGGAAGUUCGCGGAACCGACCCUCUCCUGAUUCGUCGUGCGAGGGCACACCGAUGCACCCCGGCCGCCAUUCUCCCGGUGCUUCAGGGUUUUCACCUGCUGGCGAUGGUUCAGGCCAUGGUUCUACCUCGGUCCACCUCGACAAAAGACGGACGCAUGAAUGGACGAGUACGGAACUUGGUUGGUUCCCCUGA